CUCUCCGCGCCCGAACCUGACGCGCUCAAGCCCGCCGGUCCCACGCCGAGCCAGAGCCGCUUCCAGGUGGACCUGGUGUCGGAGUGCGCCGCGGCCUCGGACUCCUCCCCACCCGAGUACUCCGCCGAGCCGCUCCGGGAUCCCGCGUCCGGUGGCGAGGAAGCCAAGGGCCGGUUUCGCGUCGUGAACUUCGCGGCCUCGAGUCCGGACUCGGCGCCGGCGGACUGCGCGCAGAACGGGGACACGGUGAUGAGCGAGGGCAGCCUGCACUCGUCCACCGGCGGCCAGCACCACCAUCACUACGACACCCACACCAACACCUACUACCUCCGCACCUUCGGACACAACACCAUCGAC